AUGGGCAAUCCCUCAGCACAAGACCAAGGGACCACGACAUCUGUAUACAACCUUGGUUGUUUUGCUGGAGCAUUAUCCACUUUGUAUUCUGGCGACAAGCUCGGCAGACCGAGAAUUCUUAUACUCGGUAGCUUUAUUGUUGCCAUUGCGCCGUCAUCCAAGCUGCAUCCUGCCUUGCAGCCCACAUUCUUGUCUGGGCUCAUCAUGCUGAUAUGCCCCUUCCUGCCGGAUUUUCCGUGUCUGUUGAUUCGCAAGGGAAAGUAUAACAAAGCGCAUAACGUGCUCGCAGCACUUCAAGGCAACGAUGCCACUGCCGAUUCACCAUCAGUCAGAACACAAUUCUCCAUCGUUAAGGGCAUCCUGGACACCGAGUAUGCCGUCACCUACACGUGGUGGCGGCUCUUCUCUGGCAAGGGCCCUGCUGACGUCGUUCGUCGAAUGACUCUUGGCGCGUGGAGCAAGCAAUGA